UUCGACUAUUAACUACUUUUUUUUGUCUCGAAUUUGCCAGCUCUCACGACUUCCUGCUCCGUGACACAAGCCUUAAUGCGAGCGUGGAACGGUCGGUAUGAGCUCCCCAUAUGUUUGCAUAACAUGCCGGCGAACAGUUAGUCAUUUACGUCGAAGCAAAUCCUUCCAAUUGCACUCGAAAGCGGCCUUUAACUCUCUAAUCGGUGCCCCCCAAAGCUCCACGAGUGAGGAGCACAAACAAAACUAUGCCGAGUCAACGAGAGGAUUCCAAGGUGUCGAUUCUAGAGAGAGCCAAGCACUGCCUCGAAGACCACCAGCUAUUCGUCAUGCUACUAAAGAGCCAGCAGAUGCAUUGGAGUCAAUGUUUGAAGAUAGCCUCAAGCAACAGUCGAUUCGGCAACCAGCUCGUGUAUCGGAGUCUUUCCACCGGACGUCAUCUCCGGUGAAGUCUUACCAACAUGGAGAACAAUUACAAAAAAUGCUCCGGGAAGAACGCCCUCUCAAUGACUGUUGGUCCUUCUUUCUGGAACAUUUUGGGCCUACUGCUUGGAAAAGUGGUUCCAUCACUCGAAGUUCAUGGCCUCCCUCUCUCAAAUCUGGAGUACCCUUGUUACUGAGGCUUAUAAUAGAUAAGAGAAAGGAGCAGCCUCUUCGUGACGAUGUACCUACCUUUCCAGAAAUGAUAAGGGUCACUUUUGAGCUGGGUUUACUGCGUGGCACGCAAUGGGCCAAAAUGCUAACCACAUUGAUUACCAGCAUCUCAGAAGUCGGUGUUGCGACAGAACAGGGACAGACAUUACUAACCGAGCUUCUUAAAAGUUGGAACGUCGUCUGUCGCCGACGACCUCGACGAUAUCGAAGCCAAGAAUUAUCCAACGAGCUAGACUCCAGCAUCGUUCCUUCUUCAUCUGACUGGUCAAAUCUGCCAAAGCAUUCCCUCCACAGUAUUUUCGUGGAAAAGCAACAAAAUGGAAUUCAACAUGCAUUUAGUCUUCUCACUCCUCAGUUCUUUCCAGGUGAGAUGUAUCAGUUGCCUGCAAUCGCAUUGGGAACACUCAAGCUUCUUCUUGAACUUGAUAGAACUGAAAUUGGUGCAAAGACUGUAGGGAAUGCGCGGCCGCUCAUAUUAAGUUUCUCCAGUAUGGUCAAUGCAUGUUCGAUGACUCUAAAUGAUGCCGCUGUAUAUUUUCGGGAUGUCCCUGAGUCCGUGGUUAAUCUAGUCAAAAAUGACUGGUCCACCAUCAAGGAAUUCGCCGAGAAGCAGAAGAUCACUAGGGAUUUCAAUCUUAGGGAAACUGAGCGAUCCCAGCUUAUACACAAGAAAGUUAUUGAUGCGCAUGCUAGGAGAGAUGUGGCUUUACUAGAUAAACUAUGGUCGCAGGCACAGAAGCUUCCAGUUUACAACUCAGCGGCCAAACCUGGUUCUGAGUCUGGCUUUGAAUCAGGUUAUCUUACGCCCGCAUUUUACAACCAGUUCAUUUUGGUAUUCAUGAGUCUUAAACAGCAACCUCGAGCCAUCGAUGUUUGGAACCAUAUGAUCAGGAACAAUGUAACUCCAGACCUUGGUGCCUGGGAUGCCCUAUUGAAUGGCUGCAAGGCAUCCCGCGAUGCAAAAGCCCUUGAACAAGUUUGGGCCAUGAUGAUAGCAUCUGGAGCAACUCCCGAUGUUACUUGUUGGACCACGAGGAUCAGCGGACUUAUUCACUGUUACAAGGCAGAAGAUGGCAUACGCGCAUUGGAUGAGAUGGGACGUCUAUGGCUAGCUGCAGUCAGGAAAAAAUAUCCCAAUUUCGAAUUGAAGAAUUCCAGAAAGUGGAAAGACGUCCACACUGUGGCCGUUAAGCCUACUAUUGCAACUGUCAAUGCAGCAGUUGCCGGCCUCAUAAAGAUGCAAGAAAUAGGAGCUGCUAAUCGCAUCCUUGCCUGGGCAGAUCAGUGGGGCAUCAUUCCCGACGUCCAAACAUAUAACACACUUCUUUGGUCAAUAGUCCGUGCCGGCCAUACAGAUAAGACUCCAGAGAUUUUGACUUCCAUGGAAGGUCAAGGUGUUCAAGCAGAUGCCGCAACCUUCGUCACAAUUCUAGAGCAAAAUUUUGCCGAUAUCGAUGUACUGACUCCGGAAGAACAAAUAGAAGCAAUCAACAGCACCUUUCUUACCAUGGAAAAGAUGAAUGUAACGCCAAAUUUGUUCUUAUACAGCAAAAUGAUCUACCUAUUAUUACGAGGCGUACCUAAGGAUGUCAGCCCGGUAUCUGAGGUCAUGGCACGAAUGGCGAAACAGGGAGUAACGCCCUCAACCUACAUCUACACCAUCCUCCUGGAAUAUUACUUCGCGCAAACCCCGCCCAAUUUCCAAGCAGCAACCACUCUCAUCGAACGCGCUCAGGUAAAGGUGGGCUCCGUCGACCAUAUCUUCUGGGAUCGUCUCAUAGAGGGCUAUGCGAGCGUAGGAGAUACGACAACGGCCAUUCAUUACUUGGGCAAAGUGCAAAAAUCCAAACAAUUUACGAGUUGGAACACGAUGAGGACGUUGUUGAUGGCACUGGUGGAGAAUAAUGAGUGGGGCCUCGCGAAGGAGUUGGUGAAUAAUGCAAUUUCUGAUACGGGAGGACCGAUCGGACUUGAAGACAAGGGCGUAGAGGGUCAACAUAAGUUUUGGGCGCUGGCGAGGGAAUUGAUGUUUUUGGGUUGAGUCGCGUUGGCGUGGUUACUUGUGCACUUCUUGUGUAGUGUGCGAGGAGACAUGGAAAAAAGUAGCCUGCAUAGGUAUCACUCCCCUGCUUAUCACCUUUCCGUUAAACUCGAACAUCUCUACAGACUUUACACUAUAUAGUACCACCAUACUGAUGACGUAGCCAAUCUAAAAGGAGACCAGCCAGUCAUUGGACAAGUCACCAAAUGUAUUGGUCCUUGGAGUAUGUAUUGGAAAUUUUGUCAAAUACCAGAACAUAGAUAGCUAUGCAAAAGAAAGGCAUGUCCACGUAUGUAUCGUAUCUAUCAUCUCAUAUGAAACAUGGAAUACCAAACACGAA